UUUAGAAUCGAUGGUGAAUUCAAUAGACAUGUCCGUCAAUUACUUUAUACUUGCCUGUCUCUUGACGGUCGCAACCGCCGGUGAGUUUUAUAGACAGGAUACCCGAAUUUACGAUAAUGCAGGAAGGAUUCCGAGUGGAAGGAUCGUCGGCGGUGAGCAGACCACCAUCCAGGAAUUCCCUUAUCAAGUUUCAGUAGAGUACUUCCAUUCGCAUAUGUGCGGAGGUGCAAUCCUCGAUGAGAACACUGUGAUCACCGCUGCCCAUUGCACUGAUGGGUAUGGUUCAUUAACUGUGAGAGCCGGAACCACGACCAGCAACGUCGGUGGUGUAAAGAUCGAUGUCGCCGAAGUUAGACAGCAUGAAGAGUACAAUCCCAUGUCUGUUAAUAAUGACGUUUCCAUUCUGAAAUUGGCAAAGCCUUUACAGUUUAAAGAGAGCAUCUCGCCGAUUAAUCUACCGAAAUCCACUGAAGACCUUCCUUCGGGCACUAAAGUCGUCGUCACUGGGUGGGGAGUUACUUUCGAAGGAGGAUCCGUAGCUGAAAAAUUCUUGAGGAAAGUGGAAUUGUACUCUCUCAGCAAUGAUGAAUGUAGGGCUAUAAACGGUGGGAUGAUCACACCUGAGAUGAUUUGCGCUGGAAUCGAAGAAGGAGGCAAAGAUGCUUGCCAGGGUGAUUCUGGCGGACCAAUGGCCGCUGAUGGUACCUUAUAUGGUAUUGUUUCUUGGGGCCUUGGAUGUGCAAGACCUCGUUAUCCAGGAGUUUAUGCUAAUGUUGCAAAGUUGCUUCCUUGGAUUGAGGCCAACAGACAUAAUGAAAUGAACCGCGUUUCACUCCGCUCCGCUGCGCAACAAAUGGCCGUAAUACAAUUGUCGAUUCUAAUGAUUUUUGCGCCUCUCACAGAGACAGUGAUCAAGGGAAAAGUCGCAGUGAUUGACGAAAAUCCUUACCAGGUUUCAGUGUUUUGGCAUUCGAAGAUCAUCGGCUCAGGGAUCAUAGUGGGUAACAUCUCAAUCAUCAGUGUAUCAAGUUUAUUCGUGGAACGUAAGAAUGAUCUUCGCAUCAGAGCCGGAUCCUCCAUUUACUCGGAGGGAGGUCAAUUGGUUGAAGUGGAAACUGUCAUCCCUCACGAACGGUACAACGCUUUUACGCAAGAUUACGACAUAGCCAUUCUGAAGCUGAAAUAUCCGUUGAAGUACAAUGAAAGGAUAAACCCGGUAAAACUACCAGAAGAUGACUUCUAUCCAGCUCCAGGUACAAACGUGUUCGUUUCUGGUUGGGGAGUCACCGAUGAAAAUUCUGAAACUCCGGAAAAAGUCUUGAGAGGUGCAGAAGUGAUGAUCAUUAACCAUGAUAUUUGUAAGAAUAAGUAUAAACAUAGGAAUGAGAUUACGGACAGGAUGAUCUGUGCCUCAUCACCGGCUAGAGCGGACGCCUGUCAGGGUGACUCCGGUGGACCCUUGGUGUACGGUAAAACGUUGGUCGGAGUAGUCUCGUUUGGUAUUGGAUGCGCCGAUCCUAAUUUCCCUGGAAUUUACGCAAAUGUCAAGGAACUGUUGCCUUGGAUUAAACAACAUAUGCACGGAAGUCUGAAAGUCCUGGAUCCUGUUAGAAACAACGAGAGACAUAUAAUGUUGAAUCCUUGGGUUUACAUUCCAGUGGCUUCAACUUGCUUAUUGUUAAUUAUCAUUAUUAUCAUAAUAGUAUGUUACUGUAAGAGAAGUAGGAAAGAAACUAUAGCAAUUUCGAAGGAAGAAUAUCCGCUUAAUGAUCUACCAGCCAAAUACAAAUCUUCAUUAUAAUAAAUUUAUUUAUUCAUAACAAAUCAUUAUUAUUUUUAUUAUUUAUUCAACAUUUCAAUCUCAGAUUUA